AUGGUGUGCUCCCAGGACCUUCCUUACCCUGAUGUUAUAGAGACUAUAGCUCAACAGAUGUGCCAAGCUGUGAUCCUUAACGAGGUGUUCAAGGGAAUUCAUCAGCCUGGGUACGAAGAAUUGACGGAUAAGAGUCAAAGAGCAGUGUGUCAGGGUAUCAAGAGUAAAGACACCUCCCGGUGGACACGUUCACACACUGCUAAGGAGCGGUGUGACGCUACUAAAGAAGGGUUUGUUAGACUGUGUUGGUGUUCUACAGAUGAGCACGUGUUCCAGUUCACCCCGCUAGACCUAGAUGACCAGGUGAGUCCCAGACCCCGAGUGCUGAGACCCUUCAGUCCUCGUCGUGACAAACCCACUACGUGGUGUGUGAAAUACGCUCCCAGCAACCCUCACACUUACUACGACAUCUUCAGCUUCAAAGAGGUAUCGAGAAAUGGGCUCAACAGACCGACGAAAAGUCUGACUCUCACAGCUAAUUGGGACACCAUAUGGCUUGCUCAGAAGUUCUCUUGGACCAACUCACAGGGGACCCUACAGAAUGUGAUACGCUGGGUGAGGUGGUCUGUUCCUUACUCCUAUAAACCGAACACAUGGAGAGUAAAGGAUCAUCUGCGGCUAGUAUGUUUGCGGUUUGACAUGAUGACUGGUAAUGUAACUCUGUGGUACAAACAACCAGGCCACUUCAUGGUCACUCUCACUCCCAUCCUCAACACUGUCAAACCUUACAAAAGCUUCCUUCUUCCUGGUACUGUUGCUUUAGGUCGCAGUUUAACGAAAGUUGGCAACAUGUUUAGACAGUUUGAUGGGUUGAUAGUCUACGCUCUGAUCACAGACAUGUUCAAUGAUGAUAUUUCACACGCUCACUCCACCUACAACUGUAUGAUACCCCACCUGUACUCAAACAAGAGGAGACGAAACACCAGGUACACCCUGACCUGGGCCGACUUCUCCCCUGCUGACUCUAGAGAACCUGUUACUGGGGUAACUGUGCUGGAUAGAUACUCCUCCCCUGAUAUCAUCACUGCUAGUGACGUUUGUGGUUCAUGUUUUGUUAAAGAGCGUGAUGAUCUAGAUUCAGAGAUCGACUUAAUGGCGGCAACCAAGGACAACAAUGAUACUGAGACUUUCUGUCACAACAUUAGUCGUGCCAUGUUGCUCUGGGAGGAUAACGCAUAUUGUUGGCAGGUGGAUCACACGAGUGGAGCGGCUAGUUUUGAGACGAAGACUCAACCCUACCCGAGGAUGAUAACAAUGUACAAUGAGCUCAGAAGAAUGGGAAUUGAUCCAAAGGUAUCGUGCAGCUUUAUAAACGAGACAGUGCAGCAGAACUAUACUUCUCCUCCACCUCUUCUUUCCUCGAACACAAUACAAGGAACCAACUUUACCCGUACUUUCGGUAGUACCAUGACAACCCCCUUUAGUACAAUGAGUUUCACUACCACUGUACCUGGACCCAGCCAUGACGGCAAUCUUGUAAAGCUGUAUUACGCGUUUCCAUUUAGUGGAUCACCUGAAGAUGAGUUCCUGAUGAUGGGUUCAUUAUCUUACUUGAGUGGGAUGACCUGGAAGCCCCCUAAACAUCCCAGAAACAACUGUGAUAUGGCCCUCUUUCAGCUCAUCUGCUUUGAUUCUAUUGAGAUUACUGACUGUGAGAACCCGGGGACAAAGAGGGAUAUCAGAAGUGGUGCCAGGAGAGCUACGAGUUUCCUUGUACAGCACAGAUGUGAAAAGACUCACCUUCAAUGGAGACUAGACAGGAGAAGCAAAGUGAUGAGAGAUCUAGAAGAGUGCAGUAUCUGGAACCUGUCUGAAUGCCGGUGGAGGCAUAUGGUAGGGAGGCGGUUCUCUCGGUACUACUUCACAUCUAAUCUGAACUGGCUGUGGGACUCCGAGAUUAGAGACUUCAGAUACUCUACAAAGGAGGAUUCCUGUACACAUCGGAAAGAGUACGGAGCGUGUCUGAAAAGAUUGAAUUGUAACAAUGAUACCCUGAAGGAGUACAACUCAACCUCCCUCGCUGACAAACUCCUAGCAGAACUACACCAGUACAACUUAGAUUACUACAUGGAGGCCAUGCCUAAAUAUAUUGGGCCAGAUCUUGGCAAUAUCCAAGAAGCUCUGCCAAUAAGGGUAGACUUUGAGGAGAGAAUGGUGCAAAUCCGACGACUGCCCGAUCUGUUUCACAUUCACUUUCACUUAGAGAGAAUAGUGCAAAUCCGACGACUGCCCGAUCUGUUUCAAUUUCACUUAGUAACUAAGAUCUCCCUCAGGAGAGAAUGGUGUAACUACGCUGAUCCUCUCAACAAAGUACACAGCGACUGCCCGAUCUGUUUCUCCCUCCUCAAACACCUAAACACCACCAGUUACUGGUCGUCCUACCAGAAAAGUAUUGCUGUUUUCAACACCCGGGGGUGCCCCUGGCCUCAGUGUACCAUCAGGGGGACUGUAGUGCCACCCAGCUUCUCUGAGAGGUUGUAUUUGCAAGAUGCCAAGGAGCUGGCAGGGAUUAUUGAAGAGGAGAAGGCGGGGGGUUUGAAGGGUUCGGGGGAGAGUUUGAGGACUGGGGUAGUUGUAAGAUGGGUAAUUUUGUUGAGAUACUUUGGGGCAUUUGUUUAG